AGAUUAGUAAUUGUUGGUACGCAUGCAAAUCGCAGGCGUGCCGUUACUUCCGCGUGUCGUGUCGUGAUUUGCAUUAGGGAUGGACGGUGUCGGGAAUGGAGGUGAUUCCGGGCCCGGUCGGGACGACGAUCGAAAGCUGUUCAUCGGCGGAUUGAGCUGGGAGACCGGCGAGCAGGACAUUCGCGAUUUCUUCUCAUCCUAUGGAAACGUGGAAAGCGUGAACCUCAAGACUGACUCGAACACUGGCCGAUCUCGGGGCUUCGCUUUCGUCGUCUUUUCGAACACGGAAUCCGUGGAGUCGGUGCUCAAGGAGGAAGACCUCAUCAUCGGUAACAAGAAGGUGGAAGCCAAGCGGGCUAAAGCCCGGCCGGGCAAGAUAUUCGUCGGCGGCAUUCCGCACGAAGUUUCCGACGAUGAGAUCAAGCAGCUAUUUGCCUCGUAUGGCACAAUAUCCCUGGUGGAGACCCCGUACGACAAGGUGAGGAGCCAGAGGAAGGGCUUCUGCUUCAUCACGUAUGAGAACGAGGCGUCCAUGAAGGCGGUGCUGAAUGGGGCAAAGCCUAUGCUUGGUGGGCGCGAGGUUGACGUGAAGAAGGCGACGCCUAGGAAUGACCAGAUGAUGUUUGGCGGUCCUGGUGGCGGCGGAGGUGGUGGGUUCAUGCCCCGCGGCGGAGGAGCAGGAGGCGGCUUCAUGCCUCGCGGUGGCGCCGGCGGUGGCUUCUUUCCAAGGGGAAGAGGCGGUGGACCUCCGCCUCCAAGGGGAGGCGGCGGCGGCGGGAUGCGAGGUGGCUACUAUGGUGGACCGCCGCAGCAGCAGCAGCAGGGCUGGGGCGGCUAUGACUAUGGUGGUGGUGGAGGGGCAGGAGGAGGCUACAAUUAUGGCUAUGGAGGCGGCGGCGACGGUGGAUACGGAGGUGGUGGUUAUGGAUACAAUUACGGUUAUGGGGCGCCUCAGCCGCAGGGGCCCCCUGCUGGGCCUGUGCCUCCGCCGCCACCACCGCCAGGAGCGGCGGUGGUCGGUCGUGGUGGCGCCGUGGCUGCGGGAGUGCAGCGCUACCACCCCUACCAGAACUGAAGAAGAGAAGGAGUGACAUCUGGUGGCUGUUGCGGCACUGCCUGACGCUCCUUUUGUUUUUGUGUUGAUUUUAUUUUUUGUUUAUUUCCAUGCGUCCCCCCUCCUCAUUCUUUGCGUACGAUUUCCUUUUUCCCCGUGAAACAAACAACAAAUGCGAGAGAGAGAGAGAAAAACGAAAAUUCCGGUCUGUCUUUUUUUGUUGAAUUUUUCUCUACCCGUUGUUUUUCUUGCUGUCUGGGAGGGAUGCUGAAAUACAGUGAAAGCGAAAAAGUUUCUUAAAACUUUCCGUAA